AAAUGUGCCAAGUCAGUACAGAACCUAAUGGGUUAAAUUACUCAUCCUUCUUUUGCUGUAAAUGAAUAGAAAGGAUUGUGAAAGUUUGUUAAUUGUGGCUAAAUUUCCCUAGUAUGAAAUAGGGCACUUCCUCUACCUCUAAGAAUAUACAUUAAUAUUAUCUCCAGGACACAGACAGCAGUUGGGAUCAUGGAUAGGAGUGUGUGCGGCAUUCUGACAGUUUUAGUCAUUGUGUGGAUGGAGUCACUCAGUGGAUUCAAUAUAGAGUUAAUUCCUCAGUAUCCUGUCGUCAGUCAGUCAGUCAUCCUGAAUGUUACUGGGAUCCCUGGAAAUAUAAUCACGUCCAGCUGGUAUAAAGGGCCAAACACAGACUAUAAUAAUUUAAUUAUUUUAUAUUUAUUUAAUCCAUUUUAUUCACAAACUGAAGGAAAUAGGUAUUUUUCACGAGCCAAGGGUUUCCCAAAUGGUUCAUUAUUGAUCUCAAAUCUGACUCUUACUGACCAGGGUACAUACAGACUGAACAUAGUAUAUGCACCGUUUAUACAAAACCAAACCUCAGUGAAACUCACUGUGUAUGAAACAUCUACCCCUAAAAUAAUGGAGUCUGCAUCCAGUGCAGUAGUAAUAGCUGGAAUCAUCUGUGGGACAAUUGUUGGAAUUAUAUUAAUCAUAAGUGUUACUAUCCUGCUUUAUAAGAAAUAUGCAUUUACGACUAAAGAAGUAAAGACAGAAACGUAUGAUGAUGUACAAGGACCCUUACCAGAGUAUUAUAACGAUCAUAGCAAUUCACAGGCGCUGGCUGACAGUGAAGAUUCAACUUACACGGGUAUGCAAUUUGCAUAUCAGAGCUCAUACAACAAGUUACAGAGAUGACAGUGAGACUAAAAUCCCGAAGAAAAUGUACCGAUUGCUGUAUGUGAAAGAAGAAAAUAAUGCCAAGGAGUUAAUAAUAACAGAAGCCUGAGUGUUUUUAUUGUAAUUGACUUUAUUUUUCAAAUUGCAAAAGAUAGAUUUGGCCGAAAUAAGGUUUGCAGUUGUAAACCCAAAAAGGUGAAAAGAAAAGACAAGAUGCUAUACAUACUGGGUCAGUAUCAAGCACUAGGUGCAAACCUGUUCAUCAGCAGGGAUAUACAAUGGUCAAGAGGUCACCCAUUGAGACUUAAAGAAAGACAUGUUCACUUACAGCAGAGGAGAGGGUUCUUUACAGUAAGAACAAUAAAGAUGUGGAAAUUGUUUAAGGAAAUUAUGUAGAUAUUUCAUAAAACAGGCCUGGUUGUUUUUUUGGAAACACAAAAUAUUCAAAAGUAAUAAUUGGCAUGCAUGUGGAUUGUUGAUCCAAAGUUGUUGAACCAAGGAGAAGUAU